UAAAUAAUCCAGGUAAUUUAUUCAUGGAAGAACUUGUGCAUUAUUUUUCCAAACGAUAUGUUAAUUACGACUUACGCGGUAUAGGAAUAUGAUCCGUGUUAUAAAAUUUGAUACAGUACAUCUAAUACUACAUAAGAAUAUUUAUUUGGUGACUUUUAUUAUUUGCAAUACAUUAAUUUCAGACAAAGUUCAGAAAUUGUUUUGCAAGUUUAAAUAGUUUAUUGCCGUUAGUAUACAUUAACUCGAAAGUAUAUACAACUUGGUGCAUUCCUGUUUAGCGAAUGUAUUAUUCGAGAAAAUGCAAUUACGCUUGCAACUAAACGCAUUAGAGGUCUGCUGCCGCUAAUCGUCACAAAUCCUUGCAUUUGAACGCGUUGAGUCGCCGUUAACCAUAGUAUUUUGCAAUAUUUGUUGUUGAAUGGACGUAUAUAACGUUCCCAAAUCCAUCCCGGACCGCACGUUAAUAUAUUAAACAAGAUAAGCCAUAGUAUAUUAUUUAAAAAAAACGUGUGUUAUAAAGAAACUAAUGAGCCGGAAUUAGUAGUGGCCAACUAAAGAGGUCAAAGUAAAUGGCAUUACGUCACCAAAUGCAUAAAAUGAUAACUUUUGGGAAUGUGUUUUUAAUUGUAUCUCCAAAUGUGUUUUUUAUCUAAUUUCAAGUGAAAUGUGGCUCAAGACAUGUAAACAGAUUGACAGUUAUAAGAAAUUAAAAAAUAACGUAGACAAUCGAAGAGUUAUAAAAAUAUAUGUGACAAAAGUUUUGGAUUGCAUCAAAAAUGUUAUUGAGUAUUUUGUCCGAAGUCGUAGCACCACCAUAUUUACGUACACAGACGGCACCUACGAGGAGGAAUAUACGUGUUGGCCGCCAGCCAUAUGCAUGAUCAUCAUAUCGAUAGCUGAGAUCGUGCUAUUCUGCUAUGACGCCGCCCAAGGCAAGACUGACGCGACGGGGCCCAUUGCGCAGAUAUUUAUAUACAAUCCCCACAAGAGGCAGGAGGCGUGGAGAUUCCUGACUUACAUGCUGGUUCAUGUUGGCGUAGUUCAUCUUCUAGUUAAUCUGCUGGUCCAGUUAUUCCUCGGCGUACCUUUGGAGAUGGUCCACCGGUGGUGGCGCGUGAUCCUCGUGUACUUGGCGGGGGUCGCGGCUGGAUCACUGGCGACGAGCCUCACUGAUCCAAAAGUGUACCUGGCGGGAGCCUCCGGAGGAGUUUACGCGCUUAUCGCUGCUCACAUCGCUACUAUUAUUAUGAAUUGGUCAGAAAUGGAGUUCGCGAUAAUCCAACUGCUGGUGUUUCUUCUGCUGGCGUCAGUGGACGUCGGCACGGCAGUGUACGACCGCUACUGGAGGCAUCUUCAGCAGAACAUUGGCUACGUGGCGCAUCUGGCUGGAGCAGUUGCCGGUCUCCUCGUAGGCAUAGGAGUACUCCGUAACUUGGAGAAGAGAAAGUGGGAGAAGCGACUGUGGUGGGCGGCAGUUGUACUCUACUUCUCUCUGAUGGUAGCCGGGGUGCUUGCCAACAUCUUCUGGACGUCGCAUUUCCAAACAACAUAGAUUUUAAAAAAAACAUUAUAACAACAUCGUUUUCAUUAUCUGUCUGGAAGUGUUCCUAGGGCAUGAGAAGAGAGUCAUUGCAGAACCAGUAUUUGAAAAAAAAUCAUUAUCUUUAGCUUCAUAAUGUCCCACUGCUGGGCAAAGGCAUUAAGAAUGAAGAGAAAACUCAAGGAUAGGCAUUGCAAGAGUUUUAAAAAUGAUACCCUUAAGUUUUUAUAACUCGUACUGGAGAUUUUCGUCAUUUUAUAUCAUCUGCAUACCCUGUGCAUACCCUCUAUGCACGCCACUGAUUACACGCUGUAUAUGACAGUAAUCAUUCAAGCCCAACAUCAUGCAUUCAAGCAUCAUGUUUGGUUAAUGCUCUUAUUCCUUCUAAAGAGUUGGCCUGUGACCAGAACUAGGACAUUAAUAGUCUGGCGAUGAUGAUGACGAUGCAAUAGAUUACUGGAUCUGCUCUCAAGUAGGUUUGCUGUAACCUAGAAACUAAUGUAUUUAUUUUCUUUCGUGCUGUAAAUGCUCAAUGUGGUUUCUGAACACAGUUUAGUUAUCAUACAGUACAGCUAUGCCGUAUUGGAUAGAAGCAGGCGUUACUUUGCGGAAAUCCAUAAUGUAUUAUGAAAAUUAAGCUUA